AUGGUCGACAAUAUUGGUGAGUCAAUAACAAAAGCAAAAACAUUUUGUUUUGCUUCAGGUCAAACUGUGAUUCUUGAUGAAGAUAAAAUCCAAAAGAUUCCAUAUUUAGCUGCUCUUGUUUCUUCUGGGGAUUGUUUUGAAUCGGCGCGCAACGAGCAUGGUCAUUAUAAACUCGAUUCACACAUAGAAUAUAAACAUUUUUCUUUCAUUCUUGAGUCACUUUCAUUCCAUUCAGUCCGGCAACUAUUCACUCAUCUACCUAAACAAAAUGAUGUUACACCUAUUAUUGCUCUUCUCGAUUUUCUUGGUAUUGGACCACAACCAGAUCCUGCAUUACGGGAGGUCGAUCAAAUUUUCUUUUCAACUGUAGUAUUUAGUCCUUUGUUAGAAGAUUACUUACAUAUAAUUAAGCCAUCUGUUAUUCAAAAUAUGGCUGUUCGAUUUGCGAUUGCAAUGGCUAAAGAGGAAUAUGAUUUCACUGAUUGCAAAGUAGUUGAUCAAAUAUAUUGGUUUGUGAUGUUUAUUUUAAGCGCUUACAAAUUCUUUGGAUCUCGUCUUCGUCAUCAUGUAUAUAAAAUUGCUGAGCAUUGUUUUUCUCUUUUCGAACCGUUGCUAUUAAAAUCUCUCAAGAAACUUAUACAAAGAACACAAAAAGAUGAAAAGAAAUAUUUAAUUACAAAUGAGGAUGGCAUUGAUCCUGAUGAAGAUAAUCUAAGUUCUUUGGAGCAAUUAUGCAAUAUAUCGUCUGAAAAGUGGCCGCGGUUCGCAAUGCCAACAUCAAAAGAUCGACAGCAGUUAAUUAUUAAUCGAACAUAUACAAGUUAUUACAGAUAUUGGAUUUGGGGGCCACCUAAACCUAGACAACUUAUUGAACCAGUAUAUCGACGUGUACUCGAGAUAAUAUAUGAGCGUUUGCAAAGCGAAAUAUGUCAACGCACACUAAUAGAAAUAUACAAAGACAAAGAUUUACAUAACUUCGUGAACGAAUAUACUUAUGAAAGACUGUUUUUAAUUCUAACUCGCGGUCUAAACUAUAAACCCUUACCAAAAGAAAUAAGUACCUUAUGGAAGCAUGAAUUGGUACAAAAAGAAAUACGUGAACUUAUAUUAGAAGGAAUAUGCGUAUUAAAACCCAAACUAGAAAAGAGACGUAGUGAAUUAAUGACAAAAAUAAGAGAAUAUGACCAAAGUCAGGAAGUAUUCGAUGGAGAUGCAUUUAAUGUAUUUCAUUUCUAUCUACCUGGUAGAUCUACUUUUGAAAAGUUACAAGAAGAAGCUUUAUCUUAUGAGCUUCUACUCGAUAACUUAAAUCAAGGUUCAAGCGUAGAAGAAGAAAUAUAUCAACUUGUACUUGACGAACUAUACACUACCGCACAAAAACAGUUCCUAUAUUUGGAGACAACGCAGUGGGAUAUAUGUAAACUACAGGAUGAAUUAUCAUCAGGUGAAUUAAGAACGAAUUUUCUUUCUAUCAAAUCAAAUAUGACAUAUCCAAAAUAUCAAACUCCUGUAUAUAAACCAUUACCAAAAAUACAACGUAAAUAUUCAACACGUUAG